CCGUAUCUCCGCAGUAUGACCGCAUCCCACAACAAACUCCUAUUGGAGCAAACCAUCGUCAACUAUCGGAACAGUCAACACAUGUAUAGUCAUUGCGUAAAAGUACCGAAAAAUUUCGAAAUCCAAAACUAACAUAGAACGCCGGUGAGGUCCGUGCGCUGUCUCGUCCCCGCCCCUUUUUGAAGCCGAGCAGGAACCGCGGGACUAGUUCACCGACAUGGCUUCUGAUCACGAGGAGUCCGACGCAGAGCUCGACGAGAACUACUAUACGUUUCUGAAUUUGCCCCGCGAUGCCACAGCGGAGCAGAUCAACACGGCGUACAGGAAACAGAGCCGCAUGUUCCACCCGGACAAGCACCUGGAUCCGGAUAGCAAGAAAAAGGCCGAGAUUAUGUUCAACCGCACGAAGCGUGCUUACGAGGUGCUCUCGGAUCCACAACAGCGGGCAAUCUACGAUUCGGUGGGCGAGAAGGGACUGCACACUGGGGGCUGGAAGAUUCUGCACCGGACAAAGACUCCGGAUGAGAUUCGGGAGGAGUACGAGCGUCUGGCGGAGGCGGCCGCUGAAAGACGUCUUCAGCAGCGAACCAAUCCUCGUGGUAACAUCACCAUCAACGUGAAUGCCACGGAGAUCUUCGCACCGUACGACGACUCCGAAAUGCCGCGCGUAGAGAUCGGCUCCAUGAGCAUUGCCCAGUCCAUUGAGGCUCCGAUCACGCGCAAAGAUAUGAUCAUCAUGAGCGGCAACCUGUACUCUUCCAAUGGCAAUGGUAGCGGUGGCUUUGUGAUCGCCGGACGCCGGCUGCUCAACAAGGGCUGGUUAGAGCUGUGUGCCGGAGCGGGCAACGGAUUUCUUCUGGGUCUUAAGGGUGGUCGCACCCUUAGUCAAAAGCUGACUCUAAAUGGAGGCACUAACCUGAACUUUCGUGAGCAAGGCGUCAUACCCGCCCUGUUCUCCACGCUGGCCGUGCAGCUGGACAAUCACACGAUGGGGAGCCUAACGCUAAACGCCGGUUCGCAGUCCUCUAUGUCCACUCAGAUCGAUCACUCCAAAGAGACUUACUCGCUGAGUUCGUCAGUGGUGAUUGGAACGCCGCAUAUUUACUUCGGACUUUCCUACACCCGCAAGAUGAUGGAGAAUGAGCUCAAGCUUAAGCUGGCGGCAAAAGUUGGAACCUUUGGCUUUAUGGGAGAGUAUGGAGUGGAGAAAAAAGUUUCCAAGUACAGUUCUGUGACGGCCACGGUAUCGAUUGGCGUGCCUUCUGGAGUCAUACUUAAAUUCAAAAUACUUCGUUCAAAUCAAUCGUAUGUGUUCCCCAUCCAUCUAAGCGAUGAGAUAGUACCAGCUGCAGUUUUCUACGCCUCGGUGACUCCAGUGAUUGCGUGGUUCUUCAUCAAAAAGACUGUGAUGGACCCCAUGGUGGCGGAGCGGAAGACCAUCGAGGUGGAGCGGACGAAGCGUCAGAAUGAGCAGAGGCUGUCCACUAGGAGGCAGGAGGCGAGUGCCGCCGUUCACCUAAUGCAGGCUACCUACAAAAGGAUCAUGACCGAGGAGAUGGCGAGGAAGGGGCUGAUUGUCACACGAGCCAUCUACGGCUGUACCGCGGAGGGCGGCAGUCAGUUCUUGCCAGAGCAGUCUCUGGACGUCACCGUACCCAUUCAAUGCAUGGUCAAGGACGGGACCCUGCAGCUGCAUGACUCAUCAAAGAGUGACCUGCCCGGCUUUUAUGAUCCGAGCAUCGGCGAUGACAAGAUUCUGCGGAUAGAGUACACCUAUCAAAGCGAGUUCAAAGUGAUUAACGUCAAGGACAACGAGGCGCUGCGAUUGCCGCUGCCAUGAUUGUGGGGCCUUACUGCUCUGCACUGAAAUUAGCAUAAAUCUUCAGUUGUGUUUAUAACUUGUUUUUAUUCUUGAUAGUAUAAUCGCAUAAUUCCCCAGUUUACCACACCAUUCUGUAACUCGCUAUUUUUGGGAUACUUAAGAGAUCCGAACAGCGCAAUAAAUCACAAAACCAAUAGAAAGUUCGGAAUUUAGCUUUAAUUACUUAUACGUAUUGCUUUUUAGA